GUUUCCUUUCUCUAGCUUGGAGUCGAAAAUACCUUGAAGUUCUGGAUUGUUACAUAGGCACCUGAGCAGAAGUGUAAGGAGUCAGAACAGUCAGACACAGGAUCAUAGCAACUAUGGCUUCAGAAUUCAUGAAGAAUUUAAAGGAGGAGGUGACCUGUCCUAUCUGUCUGGACUUAAUGGUGCAACCCGUGAGUGCAGAUUGUGGUCACAGCUUCUGCCAAGCCUGCAUCACACUGAACUAUGAAUCCAGCAAAUGCAAUAAGGAGGAGUUCCUUUGCCCCGUUUGCCGAGUUAGUUACCUGCUUAGGAAUCUGAGGCCUAAUCGACAUUUGGCCAACAUAGUGGAGAGGCUCAAAGAGUUGAAGUCCAUCCCAGAGGAGGAGCAGAAGGUGUUUUACUGUGAAAAGCAUGGAGAGAAACUCCAGCUCUUCUGUAAGGAGGACACGAUGGCCAUAUGCUGGCUUUGUGAGCGAUCUCAGGAGCACCGUGGUCACCAGACAGCUCUCAUUGAAGAGGUGUCCCAGGAGUACAAGGAGAAGCUGCAGGCAGCUCUGCAAAAGCUGAUGGCAGACAAGAAAGAAUUUGAGAACUGGAAAGAUGACCUUCAAAAGGAGAGAACUUACUGGGAGAAUCAAAUACACAAAGAAGUGGAAAAUGUUCAGUCAGAGUUUAAACGAAUGAGAGAUAUUGUGGACUCUGAGGAGAAGAAUGAAUUGCAGAAGCUGAUGCAAGAGAAGGAAGACAUUACCAGCAGCCUGGUAGAAUCUGAAAAUGAGCAUGCUCAGCAGAGCAAGUUGCUAGGAGACCUCAUCUUCGAUGUGGAACAUCAGCUACAGUGCUCAGCCACAGAAAUGCUGGAGGGUGUGGACAGCAUCAUAAAACGGAGCCAUAGUUUUCUGAUGAGGAAGACCAAAACCAUCCCCAGGGAACAAAGAAGAGUGUUCCGAGCCCCUGAUCUGCAAGGCAUGCUGCAAGUGUUGCAAGAGGUCACAGAGGCCCAACGCUACUGGGUUCGAGUGACGCUGGUUCAAAACAACAAUCCAAACAUUGCCAUUACUGCCGACAAAAGACAAAUACGAUAUGAAGACCACCAAGCAAGAAGUUUUGCACAUGAGCAUGAACACUGUCAUGAAGGCGUCCUGGGAUACCCAGCUAUCCAAUCAGGAAAACAUUACUGGGAAGUAGAUGUGUCUGGAAAAGGUGCUUGGGUUCUGGGAUUAAGUGAUGGAAGCUACCUCUUCAAUCCAAUAUUUCGUUCAAAUGCUGAACAACACCUCAAUCCCUUGUUUCGUUUGGGUAUUAGAAAUGAUUCACAUUAUCAACCUAAAUAUGGUUUCUGGGUUAUAGGUCUUUGGAAAAAGUCUGUGUAUAAUGCUUUUGAGGAGUGUACUUUCACAGGCAAGCCCAGUGUCUUGACCCUGUCUCUGAUGGUCCCACCCUGUCGUGUUGGUGUUUUCCUUGACUAUGCAGCUCGCACUCUCUCAUUUUACAAUAUUUCCAACCAUGGGACUCUUAUCUACAGAUUCUGUGCAAAUUCCUUUCCUGAUAGGGUUUUUCCAUAUUUUAAUCCCAUGGGAAGUUCAGAGCCAAUGACAAUAUGCUGGCCAGACUCUUAACCUUCACCUGUUACUGUGUAGGGUCUCUGACUCUGGAGUGUAUGUCAUAUGCCUUAGCUCAUUAGUACCAUUUUUUUUCCUGUCUCUAAUCUUUCUGUGUGAAUGUCUUUUAUUGGUAAAUAGGAUAUAUUCAUUUCUCUAGGCCAUAUUCUCAGUUUCUCUCUCUCUCUCUCUCUCUCUCUCUCUCUCUCUCUCUCUCUUCCUCCCUCCCCUCUCCCUCCCCCUCUCCCUCUUCCCACUCUGUGUGUGUGUUUAGGUGAGAAUAGUAAAUCACUUCCCAUAUAGUCAAGGACAAAGGUCUGAGUGCUCACUGCGUAAGAUAACACUGCUGCAAAAUUUUUAUUCUUCAUGCCAGAGAUGGAAGCCAAGGCCUUGUGCAUGGUGAGGAGGUGCUCCACCACUGAGCUACUUACCUCAGCUCUGUCAUGUCUCUAUAACAUCAUUCUACCCAUCAAUGAAAGAGGAUUAAAGAAAGUUCUUCAACAGCUUGUUUAUUUGUUCUAAAAACUAUAUGUAAGAAUCUCUGGUUAUGAAAUGCACCCUUAGCUGUAGGCCACUUUUGCCAGGAUGCUGCUUCAUCAAAGAAUGAGGGAGAAGCAGCACAGUGAGACACACUGAAAAUAGAGACUGUGUCCUCUCUCAGGCAUCAUGUGUACCCCAAGUAGAAUGACACAGAGAAUAUUAAUAAGAUCCCUGCUCAAGGAUGACAUGCAAAUUUAUGAAGCAUUCCACAUUUUUGAAGAGCAUUGAUGUCCUAAACCAUAUUAGAGAGAAAGGGGGUGGGGGGAGAAUGAAAGAAA